AUGUUUAAUAAUUGUAAUAAAUAAUCAUCAUCAAACAAAAUAAGUUAAAACAAUUAAUAAAAUUCAAGUUAAUGUAAAAGUAGUAGUUCAAAAUCAAAUAUUUCAAAAAAUGAAUAAACUGAAAUAUUAGAUUUACUUUAAAAAUGCACUUAAAUCAUGAAAGAUGAUAGAAUGAUUUUAAGAAAUAUAAUUAAAGAAGGAUAUUCAGCUGAACUAGAAGAUUUAUUAUUAAAAAAUAAAAAAAAAUAAGGUUAAUAAAUAUUUACACUAUUCAAUAACGAAAAAUUUUAUAAAAUUUUAAAAAAAAAUUAAUUUUUUUAUAAAAUAAAUUUAAAGAUUUAUCAAAUCUUCAAUUAGAAUUGAGAAAAUUUUUAAACAAAUUAAAAGGAAAAUCAUAUAAUUAAAGUCCUUUGUAGUAAUCAUUUAAAACGAAUCAAUCACAUUAAUCUUAUGGAAUAAACACAUUAUAAAAUGUUAAAGAUUAAAAAAAAAAUUAACAAUAAUCAGAUGAAAACUUAUACAAUGUAUUUU